AUGGACGCGACGAUAAAACAAGCUAUUUCGGCCAUUAUGCCACCGGUAUUCGAUGGCAACCAUCAGCGGUUCGUCCGCCAACUACGAACAUACAAAACUGCGAUGGACGUACCCGAAUCCAAAAGAAAAACAAUAAUAUUAACAUGUUUGCCACCACAGAUUUAUUCCGCACUAGAAGAUCUAUGCUUGCCUGCAUACCCUGAAGAUGACUCAGUUACCUACGAAAACAUCGAGGAAAACAUCAUGAAGCUCUUUAAACCGAAGUCAUCGUUAAUACUACGCUUUGAAUUUGCAACUAUAAAAAAAGCAAGUAACGAAAAUGUGACGGAAUUUUCACGACGGAUUACAAGAGCUGCUGAAGGAUGCAAAUUCACGGAUAGAGAUGAUCGAAUGCGCGACCAAUUCAUCACGAGUUUUAACGAUGGCGUUACAACCAAACGGUUACUACUGGAAUCUGAAGAACUAACUUUUGAAAAGGCUGUGGAAAUAGCUGUUACCCAUGAACGAGUAACCCAGGAAGCUCGACAAUUAGAUGGUUCCGAGAACGUAAUGAUUGGCGCAACAUCGUUACUUUCACGGACGUCUGGUGCGUCCGACAUAAACAAAGUUAAAUGUUUCAAUUGUGGAAAACUUGGACAUUUUGCAAGGGAUUGCGAAGAAAAAUGCAAGACUUGUUCACACGAUCAUCAAGCUAAAAACUGCUUUAAACGAUUGCAAGGUUUAAAAGGAAAAGGGAGAAUCUGGAAAUAA